AUGUGUUUUCGAGGUGAUUGUAAAGCUUGCAAUUUUUUGCUAUCCAUCGACUUUGGGAAUCUGCUCUAAAGUGCACUACAAGUUGUAGACGAACGAUAUAUGUAGAGAGCGCUUUUAACUCCUCAUCCUAUGAGGGAAAGGAGAGUUAAAGGUUAAUAUAUUCUUCAUGAUUUUAUCUAUGCAUCUAUGAGUCUAAAAAUAUCUGCAGGAGGUUUAGAAGAAUCUAUGGCAGGAUCUCAGAUGUAUUUAGCUAAUAUCUAAGAAGAUAUCGAUAAAGUAACCGAAAUAAUUAAUAAUGAGAUGGAGGAGGUCAAAAUACAUAAAACUAUAAAAUUUAAGGAGUGGGAGUUGCAGCGUCUACUUUAGGUUCAUUAGAAGCUCUUCUACAAUAUUUGAAUAGUUAAAACAUUCCUUUUUCAAAUAUUAGUGUUGGGCCAGUAUCAAAAGAUGAUGUAAUGUAAG